GAAGGCUAUGGAGUAAUAGUACUGAAUCCCAAUGAGAACUAUAUUGAAGUGGAGAAGACAAAAGCCCAAGUACAGCUGUCUUCUGAUAGCUCAGAUGAACCUGCAGAAAAGAGGGAAAGAAAAGAUAAAAUCCAGAAGGAGACAAAGAAGCGACGUGACUUCUACGAAAAGUAUCGAAAUCCGCAGAAAGAAAAAGAAACUAUGCAGAUGUAUAUUAGAGAUAAUGGAUCUCCUGAAGAACAUGCAAUUUAUGUUUGGGAUCAUUUCAUUUCCCAGUCAGCUGCAGAGAACGUGUUUUUUGUUGCUCACAGUUAUGGUGGACUUGCCUUCGUAGAGUUG